AAAAAGAUACCCUUGCACUAUUGCACCACAACACCCAUCAGACGUUCACCGUUCUCAACUUCAAAGUGCAUUCCAGAAUAAGGUCGACAAUAUCUACUCAUGAAAUGUAAACAACUUAAACAAAACCGUCAGCGUUGCUUAUGAAAAGAAAUGAGCCACGUUCAACAAGGUCAGCCUCAGCACGUUAUAGUUAACCAACCUCAAUAUUAUGGUGCACCGCCUCCACAACAUGUUAUGCAUCCAAUGGGACCGCCCGGACCCCAACCUCCUGCGGAUCAAUGGAUGCCAAAGCCAUCGGGAGCAAAUUGUCCUCCGGGUCUUGAAUAUUUAACGCAGAUUGAUCAGAUUCUAGUACAUCAACAGGUGGAAAUCCUCGAAAUGUUUACUGGUUUCGAAACCAACAACAAGUACAUUGUAAAGAACUCAGUUGGUCAAAAAAUCUUUUUUGCUGCCGAAAAUAGCGGUUGCUGCGAGCGUUAUUGGUGCAAUAACCUCCGUUCCUUCGAAAUGAAUAUCCUGGACAACUUUGGUAACGAGGUUAUUCAUAUUCACCGCCCGUUGGCAUGCCAAAGUUGCCUUUAUCCAUGCUGCCUACAGAAAAUGGAAGUAUCGGCGCCGCCUGGUAACGUAAUCGGCACCAUUGAGCAAGAGUGGUCUAUUUUCCCUAAAUUUAAAGUGAAGGACGUUUCUGGUGAUGUUAUUCUCAGGAUUGAGGGACCUUUCUUCCCUUGCAGCUGCUGUGGUACUGACGUUAACUUCGAGAUAUUUUCCAGAGACGGGAGUCAAAAGGUUGGAAAAAUUUCAAAACAAUGGACCGGUCUAUUAAGAGAAAUGGUUACGGAUGCUGACGUUUUCGGUAUCAAUUUCCCGAUGGAUUUAGACGUGAAGAUGAAAGCGGUUUUAUUAAGCGCAUGUUUUCUUAUUGAUUUCAUGUACUUUGAGGACAAACAAAACAGUCGUAACGACUAAAGAACGCCUCUUCAUAAAAAUUUUUCCGCAUAUUCCGUAAUAUUGAAUGCUAUAAUCCAAAGGGAUGUAAAAAAAUAUGCAGUGCGUUGCAAUGCAAAUCAUGGAUUCCAAAUAGAAUUAUUUUGGUAUUCUUUAA